CAGAUGCCAGUGUGGACCUGCUGCCGGGGCUGUUGCUGAAGAGAGGCCAGACCUCGAUGGUGAAUGCGAAGAAACUGGAGAAGGCGGAAGCCAGGCUGAAAGCCAAGCAGGACAAGAGGAUGGAGCGGGAUUCCCUGAAAUCAUCUGGUCCUCUGGUCCUUGAGGAGGCGUCUGCCAGCCAAGCUGCCAGCAAGAAGGAGACUCGCAUGGAGUCAUCAGGCAAGAACAAGUCGUAUGAUGUGCGCAUCGAGAACUUUGACGUGUCCUUCGGUGAGCGCGUGCUACUGGCGGGAGCAGACCUGAACCUGGCGUUUGGACGGCGCUACGGGCUGGUGGGCAGGAACGGACUGGGGAAGACCACACUGCUGAAGAUGAUCGCCAGCCGGAGCCUGCGCAUCCCCUCGCACAUCAGCAUCCUCCACGUGGAGCAGGAGGUGGCGGGGGAUGAGACACCAGCGCUGCAGAGUGUGCUGGAGUGUGACACCACUCGUGAGAGUCUGCUGCGGGAGGAGAGGGAUCUAACGGCUAAGAUUAAUGCCGGCAGGGGAGAAGGGACAGAAGGUGCCAGGCUAUCGGAGAUCUACGCGAAGCUGGAGGAGAUUGAGGCAGACAAGGCCCCAGCGAGGGCAUCCGUCAUUCUCGCUGGGCUGGGCUUUAAUGCAAAGAUGCAACAACAGACAACCAAAGAGUUUUCCGGAGGCUGGAGAAUGAGACUGGCCUUAGCCAGAGCCCUGUUUGCCAGGCCAGAUCUCCUUCUGCUGGAUGAGCCAACGAACAUGCUGGACGUGAGGGCCAUUUUGUGGCUUGAGACCUACCUGCAGACCUGGCAGUCGACCAUCCUCGUGGUGUCCCACGACAGGAACUUCCUGAACGCGGUGGCCACGGACAUCAUCCACCUGCACUCACAGCGGCUGGACACGUACCGCGGGGACUUUGAGAACUUCAUGAAGAUCAAGGAGGAGCGGCUGAAGAACCAGCAGCGAGAGUACGAGGCCCAGCAGCAGUACCGUGAGCACAUCCAGGUUUUCAUUGACCGCUUUCGCUACAACGCCAACCGGGCAUCCCAAGUGCAGAGCAAGCUCAAGUUGUUGGAGAAGCUGCCAGAGCUGAAACCUGUGGACAAGGAGUCCGAGGUGAUCAUGAAGUUCCCCGAUGGCUUUGAGAAGUUCUCCCCCCCUAUCCUGCAGCUAGACGAAGUAGACUUCUAUUAUGACCCAAGUCACUACAUCUUUCGUUCCCUCUCCGUCUCUGCUGACCUGGAGUCCCGCAUCUGUGUGGUUGGGGAAAACGGAGCUGGCAAGUCGACCAUGCUAAAGAUCUUAAUGGGGGAGCUGGCACCAGUCAGAGGGAUCAGACAUGCUCACAGAAACCUAAAGAUCGGUUAUUUCAGCCAGCACCAUGUGGAUCAACUGGACUUGAACAUCAGUGCUGUAGAGUUGCUGGCAAGAAAGUUCCCAGGGAAGACAGAGGAGGAAUACCGGCAUCAGCUGGGGAGCUACGGUGUCUCGGGGGAGCUGGCUGUGCGUCCUGUGGCCAGCCUGUCUGGAGGUCAGAAGAGCCGCGUGGCCUUUGCCCAGAUGACUAUGUCCUGUCCAAACUUCUACAUCCUGGAUGAGCCAACAAAUCACCUGGACAUGGAGACCAUCGAGGCACUGGCAAAGGCACUGAAUAAGUUCCGGGGUGGUGUAAUUCUGGUGUCCCACGACGAGCGCUUCAUCCGCCUGGUGUGCCAGGAGCUGUGGGUGUGCGAGAACGCCACCGUGACCCGCAUCGAGGGCGGCUUUGACCAGUACAGAGACAUCCUGAAGGAGCAGUUCCGGAAGGAGGGUUUCCUAUAA